AUGUUUGUGAGCGCUACAGGGAUCCAACGCAAGUCUACGGGUAUGGCAGUGCAGCGGGUGGCCACGUGUCGGCGCGCGGGUGCUAGAGCCCGGAGCCCGCUGCGAGCCGCUGCCGCCGGGGCGGAACCGCAAGGUUCGGCACCCCGCAAACCGAAAACCGAGGGGAAGACCCCAAAGAAAACCCCGUCCUUGUCAGCAGAGGAAAGGGCUGCUCGUGUGCAGCAACUCAAGCUCCGCAUCCUACUUGUGCACCGGCAACUGCAGAUUGCUGAAAGUAAAGAGAGGGAUGACUCGCUCUCGAUGUGGCGCUCGUUCGCGCAUGAUAUGGCCACUCCCGAAGUGAACAGAGAGCAAGUCGGGAGCACGAACUCGAAAAACAUCGAAACGAUGAGCGCUGACGCACUGCGCAAAGAGCUCGAUGCGCUCAAAGCGGAGAUCGCCUCCCUCGAUGCCGAUGCGUACGCAGACGUGCUCCGCAACACGGACGGUAUCAAGACUGCAGAGCAGCGCAUCAAAGAGCAUGAACGCAAAAUCCAGCAAGCGCCCAAAGUCUCUUUCCAAAAGGUCGUCGCCCAAGACACGGACGAGACGCCAAAGCAGAAGCCAAAACCCAAACGCUUUCAGUUAUUCGAGGGCCUCAAGUCCUGGUUCGUGCGGAACGAACCCAUCAUCGAAGAGCUCGAGCGAGAGAUCGAAUCGAUCUAG